GUCUGUGCAUCAACAAAUAUGUACUACUCUCAUUAAUUAGGCAUAUUUUAAUUUAUUUAUUGUGUACGUGGGGUGUGGUGUGGAUCGGAGAUAUAUGGAGGCAGGGAAGAAUACGCUCAUCUUAUUAUUAUUAUUAUUAUUAUUUCUUCGGACAGGCGCACAAGUCAAAGGAAGAAAAGAAGGAGAAGUAAAUACUACUACUAGUAGUAAGCGGUUGGUGCGGUCAAUAAAUCGUUGACCAAUAAAUUAGGAGUAAAUCUGACUCUUCUCUCUAGGACACGUGUCCACCUGCUGGUUUUCUUCUUCUUCGCAUGGCAGGCUGGCUGGCAGGCAGGCAGAGAGACCGGCAGUCAGUGGUUGUCGAUAUCCUUCCGCUUCUAUUCCUAUUGCUCAUUCCUUCUCUUCUCUUCUCUAUAUAUAGACUUAGACUUAGACUUAGACUUAGAGAGGCAGACAGAGCCAGCCACGCCUUGCCUUGCCUUGCCUUUGUCGACUCCGCUCUGGCGCUAGCACUAGCUACCUGCAAGCUGCAGCCGCCCGCUGCCAUGGCAAAUUCAUCUGCUGCAUCCUAGCCCUAGCCCUAGCCCUAGCCCUACGUACCGCCCUCUGCCACCUCUUCUCCCUCCCCUGCUCCAUCAUUAAUUCUUCUUCACCUUGAUCUGGGUUGAGAUCGAGAGCACCCGCACCCUGCUACUGCUAGCUAAAUUAAAACAAAUCCAUUGCAGCUCUGUCGUCACCUCUCCUCUCCACAAUAUAAAUAUAUAUAUAUAUAUAUAUAUAACUCAACAAAUUGUUGGUGUCGUGUGGCGUGGUGUAACUCUCUUUCUCUCUAAUAGAAAGAAGAUCGAUAACAGAUAGGAAAAUCUCAAUCUCAAACUCAUACUCAUACUCAUACUCAUUCAUAAUGAGCACAAAGCAGCAGCAGCAAGACCAGAGCCAAUUAGCUGAAAUCUCCGUCGUCAAUGUCCCUCCGCACUCGGAGGCUGCUGAUGAGGCCUACGACGACGACGGCAGACCCAAGAGAACUGGAAGUGUCUGGACGGCGAGCGCCCACAUAAUAACGGCGGUGAUAGGGUCCGGGGUGCUGUCCCUGGCGUGGGCCAUGGCUCAGCUGGGGUGGGUUGCCGGGCCUGCCGUCAUGCUCCUCUUCUCCAUGGUCACCUACUACACCUCCACCCUCCUGGCAGCCUGCUACAGGUCUGCCAAGAGGAACUACACCUACAUGGAGGCCGUCCAGGCUCACUUGGGAGGCUUCCAGGUCCAAAUCUGCGGGGCCAUUCAGUACAUCAACCUCCUCGGGGUCUCCAUCGGCUACACCAUCGCAUCAUCCAUAAGCAUGCUGAAAUCCAAUUGCUUCCAUCAAAGGGGGCAUGGCAUUCGCAGUGGCAACAACGACUGCCAAGUUUCAAGCAAUCCUUACAUGAUCGCUUUCGGGCUUGUGGAGAUCAUCUUCUCCCAAAUUCCAGACUUCGAUCAGAUUUGGUGGCUCUCCAUUGUUGCUGCCCUUAUGUCCUUCACUUAUUCCUCCAUUGGCCUAGCCCUCGGAAUUUCCAAAGUUGCAGAGAAUGGAAAAUUCAAAGGAAGCCUCACUGGAAUCAGCAUUGUCAGUGGUAGCCUCACUGAAACACAGAAGAUUUGGCAAAGCUUUCAGGCUCUCGGAGACGUAGCUUUUGCAUAUUCCUUCUCCCUCGUCCUCAUCGAAAUUCAGGACACAGUAAAGUCCCCUCCAUCCGAAUCCAAGACGAUGAAGAAAGCCACACUGCUAAGUGUAGUAGUGACCACAGUUUUCUACAUGUCCUGCGGCUGUUUCGGCUACGCAGCAUUCGGGGACGGCUCCCCCGACAACCUCCUCACCGGUUUCGGCUUCUACAAUCCUUUUUGGCUCCUUGACAUCGCCAAUGCCGCCAUUGUAAUCCACCUCGUUGGUGCAUAUCAAGUCUUCUGCCAGCCCCUGUUCGCCUUCAUCGAAAAAACAGCCCUCAAGUGGCUCCCCGACAGCAAAUUCAUCACAAGAGAAUUCAUGGUCCCAGUCCCAGGAUUCAGGCCUUACAAGCUCAACCUAUUCAGGCUUGUCUGGAGGACAAUGUUUGUGAUCCUGACAACACUCAUUUCCAUGCUCAUGCCUUUCUUCAACGAUGUUGUUGGGAUCUUGGGGGCAUUCGGUUUCUGGCCCCUCACAGUCUACUUCCCCGUGGAAAUGUACAUAGCAAAGAAAGGGAUUCCCAAAUGGAGCUCAAGAUGGAUCAGCCUUCAGGUCCUGAGUUUCGCUUGCCUCAUCGUCUCCAUUGCUGCUGCGGCUGGUUCCUUCGCCGGAGUCAUCUCCGACCUCAAAGUCUACAAGCCUUUUAAAACUAGCAAUUGAUCCAUCGAUAUUAAUUAGUUUGAAAAGUUUUAGAGAGCAACAUUAUAGAUGCAUAUAUGUAAUCCUUAUGGUGUCUUAGAAAUGAAAAAGGAUCCAUCAUCCAUGGAUGCACAUAUAUAUAUAUAUGUUUGUAUGGAAGGAAGGAAUAUCAAGAAAUUUGAAUCAAUCCUCCAUUAAUAUGUUCCUUAUUUCAAAUUAAAUAACACAUAUAUGCAUAUAAUGCAGGUAUUUGACAAGAAGAAUUUGCCUCUGUUUUUUAGCCAGCAGCCCAUCAAGAAUGAAGUUGAACUAAAAUGACUCAUA